AUGCUAACCCGCGACUCGUUUCUGCGCUUGCCCGCGAAGAUGCCGAGUCGAAGGAGCCUCGCGGUUGUUGUCUUGACCGCGACGACCUUGCUUGCACUUCUUGUGGCCUACCAACGGCUCGGCGCCUGGUCAGGCCUUGGCGACCCUCCCUACCAUCGAGAUCCCCACAAGAGCCAGUAUGCACCACAGGGCACUGGAAGCUUCAACAACGGCGGGCACACGUAUCCCGCGUCCAACGGCAACGGCAACGGCACCGACACGCGACGCCCGCCGCCCGGGCGCGAUCCCAUGUGCCAUGGCUUUCCCGAAGCGAACAACGUGUUGGUUGUGGUCAAGACGGGCGCGAGCGAGGCGUUUGCGAGACUGCCGACACAGCUGAUGACAAUGCUCAAAUGCAUCCCCAAUUUCCUCAUUUUCAGCGACAUGGACCAGGAAAUCGCCGGAUACAAAAUCCAUGACAGCCUCUCGACCGUCUUGAAGGAGGUACGAGACGGAAACCCCGAUUUCGACCUAUACCGUCGUCAAAAAGCCUGCAUUGUCGACCAAGACAAUUGCAACAAGCUCGGCGAUCCAAAGAGCGAGGGCUGGCAUCUAGACAAGUACAAGAACACCCACAUGGCUGAGAAGACGUAUGCCAUGAGGCCGGGCUUCGACUGGUACGUCUUCAUCGACGCCGACACCUAUGUCUUGUGGCCUAGCCUGGUGCACUGGCUGCAGAAGUUGAAGCCGACCAAGAAGCACUAUCUCGGCAGCGUAACCCUGAUCAACAACUUCAGCUUUGGCCAUGGCGGGUCCGGCUACGUGCUCAGCAAGGCAGCCAUAGAGGAUUUUGUCGUCAACCAUCCGGGCGUCGGGAACCUCUAUGACGCGCGAGCCAAGGGCGAGUGCUGCGGGGAUUAUGUGUUUGCCAUGGCCUUAAAGGAGACGACCGAGUUGGGCGUCAACCAAGUGUGGCCCACUAUCAAUGGCGAAAAGCCUUCGACUAUACCUUUCGGGCCGUCCCAUUGGUGCCAUCCCAUUGUAACGAUGCACCACGUAAAUAGCGAGGAGAUCAACAGUCUCUGGGAUUUCGAACGUCGUCGAUACAACAAGCAAGGCGCAUUUUCGCGACCUAGUCCGGUUCUGAUCCGAGAUAUCUUCAACGAGUUUUUUGCGCCGAAACUCGCAGCGAAGCGGGACGACUGGAACAAUCGUGCAGAUGACCGGUUCUAUCUGGAUACGAAAGACGAGAGCCGCAAGUGGGACAAGUGGAUGCUCGACCGGAUGAAGAAGGCCGAGGACUACAACCAAUUCGAGAAGAAGGCGCACAAGUCGUUUGACGAUUGCGCUGCUGCAUGCAAGAGCCUCAGCGAUUGCUUUCAGUUUCUGUAUAAGGAUGGUCAGUGCAGUAUUGGCAAAUCAUUCCGACUUGGCCAACCCGUGAAGAAGGAAAAAGAUCAGAAGAAGCGCCCCUUCAGCGGGUGGGACGUCGACCACAUCCAAAACUUCAUCAAGAAGCAGGGUGACUGCAAUAAGAUCCAUUGGCCUAAUGUCAAAGAGUAAGGCGACCCAUUAGCGUUUUUGGAGUUUCUUCUUUGGUUGCACGUCGCUUCGGGCCCUAAUUUUUUGGGCCCCUGCCACCGACACCAUAUCGUCGAGGGAUGCCGAUAGGAAGCCCGACUCCCCAUACUUGGGCCACCCUCUUCUGGGCU